AUGCCGGCGGUGAAGGACGUCGCGCGCGUUGAGCGACCGACGGGCCACGACAGCGACAGCGAUGAGGCGCCAGACGUCGUGACGAAUCAGAAUGCAAUGGAGACGAUGUUCACGCAGCGUCGGGAGGAGACAGCGGCGCGUGAACAUGCGAAAAGUGCGACGAAGAGGAAGCGGAAGAGCAGACAGGAGACUGAAGUGCCGGAACUCCCGGAUGAUGUGCUGCUGGCUGUUGCGGCUCGGAACGCAGAGGAGGAAGGAACGGACGGGGAGAAGCGAGAGACGAUGGAGAAGGAGGAGAAGGAAGCUGGCAGGACGAAGCGUCGUGAGCGCACGAAGAGAGGCAACGUGGCCAAGCUGGUGAUGCAGGCACAGAAGACGCACACGCGACAGUUUGGCAACAUUUACGUGCAGAAACUCGAGACGCUCGAGACGACGCAGACAAGAGAGGUGUCUGACAGUGCUCGAGAGUUUCUCAAGCUGCGGACAGCGCCGAUGCGACAGCGGAUGAAUGUCUUGGAAGGCCAUUCGUCGCUGUUUACCAAGAAGCAGAAGUACCACAGUCAACAGCUGUAG